AUGAGCUCCAAGAAGCCGAAGCAACGUGAUGACGACGUUCAGGCGAAGCAAACGCGUAUCGCCAUUGUCAACCUUGACAAAUGUAAACCGAAGAAGUGUCGCCAAGAGUGCAAAAAAACGUGCCCAGUCGUUCGAAUGGGAAAGCUGUGUAUCGAAGUGACUCCAACUGAUAAGUCGGCGCAAAUUUACGAAACGCUCUGCAUUGGUUGCGGUAUUUGCGUGAAGAAAUGCCCGUUUGAAGCGAUUCAAAUCAUUAAUUUGCCAUCAAACUUGGAGUCUGAAACUGUCCAUCGUUAUCACGCCAACUCUUUCAAGCUUCACCGGCUGCCAACACCACGACCCGGUGAAGUUCUUGGUCUUGUAGGAACCAACGGUAUCGGAAAAUCUACAGCAUUGAAGAUUCUUCAGUCAAAGCUCAAGCCAAACCUUGGUCGAUUUGAUGAUCCUCCAGAUUGGCAGGAGAUUCUCACCUAUUUCCGAGGUUCUGAACUUCAGAACUACUUCACCAGAAUUUUGGAGGACAAUAUUGAAUGCAAAAUGAAGCCUCAGUUCGUCGACAAACUUGCGCAGGCUCUUUCGAAGCAGCCUGACAUGACUGUCCAGAAACUAAUGGAUAGGAAAGAUACGACUGAUUCUCAGGAUUUCUUCUGUGGCUUGUUGGAUCUGAACCACUUGCGUGAUCGUGGCGUCGACAAACUAUCUGGUGGCGAGCUUCAGCGAUUGGCCAUUGGCAUUGUAUGCGUUGCAGGUGCUGAUGUGUACAUGUUCGACGAACCCUCUUCUUACCUUGACGUAAAACAGCGACUGAACGCCGCCCGAGCGAUCCGCAAGCUCCUUGCCACUGAAACAUACGUCGUUGUAGUUGAACACGACUUGGCCGUCCUUGAUUACCUGUCCGAUUUCGUUUGCUGCCUUUAUGGGAAGCCUGGUGUUUAUGGCGUGGUAACUAUGCCUUUCUCUGUCCGUGAAGGAAUCAACAUUUUCCUCGAUGGAUUUAUUCCUACCGAAAAUAUGAAGUUCCGUGAAGAGAAACUUCAAUUCAAGGUUUCCGAAACCGCUGACCACGAGACACUCAAGCAUGCUUACCGAACCGAAUAUCCAACAAUGGUCAAGAAAGCGGGCAGCUUCGAGCUUACCGCAAUGGCUGGAUCCUUCGUUGAAUCGCAAAUUGUUGUCAUGUUGGGCGAGAACGGUACCGGAAAAACUACCUUUAUCCGUAUGCUCGCUGGUUCGAAGGGCUGCGAUCCUGACAAUGGCGCCGAGGUCCCCUCCAUGAACAUCUCGUACAAGCCCCAGACAAUCAAGCCAAAGUUUGCUGGUUCCGUUCGACAAUUACUGCACACCAAAAUUCAGCGAGCGUACGUUCAUCCACAGUUCAUCACGGAUGUUAUGAAGCCACUCAACAUGGAAGCUCUCAUGGAUCUUGAAGUACAGACUCUCUCUGGUGGUGAAUUGCAGCGUGUUGCCAUUACUCUUGCUCUUGGAAAGCCAGCUGAUGUUUACCUUAUCGAUGAGCCGUCGGCUUACCUUGAUUCCGAACAACGUCUCCACGCUGCCAAAGUUAUUAAACGAUUCAUUCUCCACGCCAAAAAGACUGCGUUUGUCGUGGAGCACGAUUUUAUCAUGGCAACUUAUCUCGCAGACAUGGUCAUUGUCUUUGAAGGACAGCCUGGCAUCAAGACUACUGCCAAUUCUCCGGUCGGUCUCCUAGAAGGAAUGAAUAAGUUCCUCGAAUCGCUUGAAAUCACAUUCCGACGAGACCCUACAAAUUACAGACCCAGAAUCAACAAGAUGGACUCUGUGAAAGAUGUUGAACAGAAGACAUCUGGAAACUACUUCUUUAUCGACGAUGACGACUCCUCCGGUGGUGGACGCAAGAAAUGA